UUCUGACUAGAUGUCAUUCGAGCGCUCAGAACAUUUCGUCAAGUGAAAAUUGUUGUGAUAAUUUCAUCAAUAGUUCAAUAAUUUCGUUUUAUGUGUAAUCAGUUGUCAGUUAUCAGUGGUAUUUACGAUCAUUUGGUGAUCAUCCCGAGUGAGCAGAAUGUUUCUCUUUGGCAGCACAUCGCCCCUUGACGCCGAAGUCGAAAAGGCGACCAAUGAGAAAAAUACGGUUGAGGACUGGGCGAGGAUAAUGGAUGUAUGUGACAAUGUAGGAAGCUCCAGUGUUAAGGCCAAGGAUUGUCUGAGGUCCAUCGUCAAGAGACUGAAUCACCAAGAUCCUCAUGUCGUCAUGCAAGCCAUAACUCUGCUGGAGGCGUGUGCAAGCAACUGUGGCAAGCCCUUUCUCCUGGAAAUCGCCUCCCGAGACUUCGAGGGAGAGUUGAAGAAGCUCCUGGGCCGUUCCCAGCCCAAGCUAGUCGAGAUGACUAAAGCGUUGAUAAAGAAAUGGUCUGAGGGGGACUUCAAGACUGACCCACAACUCAACUUGAUUCCGAGUCUUUAUGCCAAGCUGAAGCAGGAUGGAAUUGACUUCUCGGGGCUCACCGAGCCCCACAAGCACGCCUGUUCCACAGCAUUAGCCAAUGCUUCUCGCGAGGAGGCAGAUCUCGCUAAAGCCAUCGAACUGUCUCUCAAAGAGAAAGGCCAGGACUCCCACAACUCCCCCAAGAGUACGAGCCUCUACCCCAGUGUCAGUGCCUCCAUGGCCUCCAGCAUCUUCGAGAAACGAAAGGUCAGGGCUCUCUACGAUUUCGAAGCUGCUGAGGACAAUGAGUUGAGUUUUGCUGCUGGAGAUAUCAUACUAAUUCUGGACGAUUCUGAUGCCAACUGGUGGAAGGGUGUUCGAGGAAAGAUGGAGGGACUGUUCCCAGCUAAUUUCGUAACAGCUGAUUUGUCAGUGGAGCCUGAGCACAUCACAAAGCUGGAGCAGGGGAGUAAAAAAUCGGUGCAAUUUGUCGAGGAGGUGGAGGUGAAGACACUCAAGAGGGAGCCUGAGAUCAUUGAAGUUGAGAUUAACGAAGGGAAGAUUGAUAGACUGCUGCAUUUGUUGCAUGAAGCUGAUCCACAGAGUGAUACCAGUGAUCCAGCUGAAUUAUUAGAUCUUGAAGAACAAGUGAUGGCAAUGGGUCCCCUGAUCGACGCAGCCCUGGAGAAAGUCGACAGGAGGCACGCCCAGCUGACCCAGCUCUCGUCAGACCUCGUGGACGCCCUGAAUCUUUAUCACACUCUUCAAAGAGAGCCCCCACCCCCCACUCCUAGCUAUACAUACAGUAAAAUGCCACAUCACCCAGUCUAUCCUUACCCCAAUCAGCCCCCACACAUGUUCAAUGGAAUGCCAGGACACCACCAGUUCUCAGGGAACUUCAAUCCAAAUAUCUCGAUGCCACCAGGCGAGUACAUGCCACCAGGCACGAUGCCAGGCAUGUCGAUACCCCAGCAUUAUCAUCUACCCCCUGGACACCAUCAGCAUCCACCGGGACAUCCUGGCCCCCACGGGCAUCAUCCACCGUCUCAAGGGCCACAACAUCAUCCACAGGGAAUGCCGCCAGGAAAUUUAACGAGUCAGGCACCAGAACAAACCAGUUUGCCUUAUCAACCACCAGGAUUUCCACCUCAAGGUGUGCCACAACAAUACGUACCCCCAGGACCGCAGGGCCCACCCCAACAGCCCCAAUAUGCUCCCCCCAAUGGUCAACACAUGAUGUGAAUGAUGAAAACAACAGAAUACUGAAUAAAUACAAAAAUCGUAACUAUUUAAUUAAUGAAGGAAACAUUCAAGUUAUGGAAAUAAUCGAAAAUAGCCAAAGAAGGGUUUUUAUAUGAAUAAAUAGCCAUUAUCUGUGGAAUACACUCGUCUUGGUGAGGAGCUAUAGUUCUGCUGUUUAUUUUGUGAAAUUCUCAUCGAAAAAAUAGGCUUUAUGAGUGAUUUGGAAUUUCUCGUUCGUUAAAUUCUUAAUUAUCUCAGUAAUUAUCGACUCUAAGAGAAAAUGUCACAAGACAUUUUUUGUGAAGAAUCGAAUUCUCUGAAAAAAAUGUUAUUUGAUAUUUUCUCCUAAACCCAUUCAUUCCCAAGAUAUUUGAGAAGUUAACUACAUAAUUGCAUUUCCGAGUUGAAAACAAUGUCUAAAAAUCAGUAUCAUUUUAUUUAAUUAAUAAAAAAUGGACUUGGCGUUGAAUAAAUUUCCGUUUCCACUCCAGAAGUGAUGAAAACUAACAGAAAAGUUUUGAACACUGAGUAUUUAGUUUGAAAUUAAUUUUUUUAGUUCGAAAAACAAAUUUUUUAUUUGUUUCAGCUGUUACUGAGGAACAAUAAAUAGUGCAUAAUCGGUAAAAAUUGAAUGACACCGAGAGGAUUAUUGAUCGAGGCAAACCCUUCAUCGGUAGCUCAUAAGUUCACUGAACAAAUGAUUUUUUAUUACGUUUUGAUGGUUAAAAGUAUCAUUAAUUAAUGAUUACAGAGGUGGAAGAUUGAUAGCAGGAAAAAUUGAUGAUAAAACGUUAAUGAAGGAGAAUGAUGAACCCCACGGGGUCUAGUCUGUCCAUUGUAAAUAAUCAUAAUUCUGGAUAUUACGAUAUCUCGAGUGAAGAAAAUUUAUUUGUGAAAUAAUUGAUGAUUAAUUAAUAAAUGAAACAUUAAGCAGAA